UCUCUCCACGUUGACACUGAGUCAUUUCUGCUGGUCGUUCAAUUUAUUAAACCGUAUAGUAUUUUUACUUUCAAAACAAUGGAUCGUUCAACCGUGGCGUUGGUAUUAAUUUUAUUUGUUUUCCAUGUCUCAUCCAUCAUAGCUCAAGAUGACCCACCACUGUGCAGCGAGUAUACCAACUGCCAGGAAUGCAACGAUAAUUUACUCUGUGUAUGGGGCGCUUGCAGCGGACCCGACUCUGAAGGUUCAGAUGGCUGUGUAGGUAAAACUGAUGAACCUGGUAAUUGUACAGAAGACGCAAUAUUCGAAGAAGGUGUAUGUGACGAGUUGAACGACACAACUACGGCUCCAGAAAAUGAAAGUGACACAACAAGUUCACCUGACAAAACAACACCACCUCCAGAAGUGCCAACCACUCCAGGGCCAACAACAUUUCCAAUUGAACAAACAACAAAUGAAAUGGAAAAUCCAACGACAGUUGAGAGUGAUGGUACAACAGAAGGUACUGAAGGAGGUUUCUUGCCAUCUACUGGAGCAUCAUUUUCUGCUGCUAGUUUUGUUGGUGGAAUUAUUCUUUGUGGUGGUGUUAUUCUGAUUGCUUUCAUUGGAUGUAAAUUUUACCAAAGCAGAAGCAAAAACUACACCACUUUGUAAAAAUGUUACAUCAAAUACAACUUUAUAUGUGGGAAUUACUUAUCCCCCAAACAAAUUUUAGUUUUCUGUCUACUUAAAAAGUUGUGUAUGCAAUUGUGCAUGGUAGGUUAAAAAAAUGAGCAGACUUAGGUUUAAGAAAGACAAUUAUGAAUUGAAGAUGAACUUUUUUCAAUGCCUUUCCCCAGUAAUAAUUGAUUUAAAAGUUCCCCAAAUUAUGAAUGGUGUUUAUAGAUAUUUUUAUUCUGAACGUGGCAGGAUAGCCUUCUCUUUUGUGUUUGGUCUCAGUCACAUUUUCCAGAUAACUGGACCUUCCUUUUGAUGUGUGAUCUCACAACCAUACUGCCUGGAUAACUGGCUUUCUUAUUCAUGUGUGGUCCACAGUCACAAUGCCUGGUUAACUGGCCCUCUGCUUCAUAUAAGGUCCAGUCACAAUGCCGGGAUAACUAGGCAUUCUGAUUCAUGUGUAGUCAUAUAGUGGUUACUUUGUCGUAAUAAUACAUUGUAUUAUUGAUAACUAAUUAUGACAAGCUAGAUUAUAAGAACUACAAUAAUUUUACUUGAUUGCCAGAUGUUCAUUGUAAUACAAAAAUAUAACCUUAAGCAAUGUGUAUGAACAUAAUGUUGCUUCUGCUGAAUACUUCAUAUCAAAGAAGACAAUUAUAUGCGUACAUGUUUACACCAAAUACUUUGGAACCCUUUAAAAUUAGCAUUCAUAUGUCAAGCAUUCAUAUGUACAUAGCUAAUUCAGUUUGUAUAGUUGUAUUUGAUUUGGACUACCGAGUAUCCAUCAAAAGUUCAGUUUUUAGACCAUAACUACUAAUAUGAGUGAAGUGUAUGUUUUAGCCAAUGAAAGUUUGCACAAUUUACAUUCACAAAGUUAUGUUUUUGUUGUCUGUGUCUUUUUUCAGUGAUGCAAUACACAAAUUAAUAAAAUUGUUCGAAAGUUGCUCGUUUUCAAGAUAACUGAAAAUAAACAGCCAUGGACACUUCACUUAAAAACGCCCCCCUAGGUAAAAAUAUUUGAGGAUUUUGAUGUUGAGGUUGUCUUCAGACUAAGUCGUGUACUGCUGAAAAACUGGUUGAAAUCUGUAAAUGGAAUGAUAGCUAUGCAAAGAUGUUUUAGAAAUGUAGACAGUAUGCACCCAUUAAUUUCAUGUAACAAAGAUUUCAGAUGUGUUCCAUUUACUAUGUUCAUGGUUGAAAAUUGCAUAAUAAAAAUAUUCACAAAUUGUUCAAGGAUUGAUAUUAGAAUACAAUAACUCAGAAUUCAAUGAAGAACUUUUGAAAGUUGUGAAUAAAAUUAGCAUACAAGAACAAUAGAUGUUCUUAUUUGGUAUAAUGAAUGGUAUUCCUACUUUGGCAGUUCAUGCAUGGUACUUGCUUUACAGUGCCUACAAAUUAAGCAGUAUUAAAAUCAGUCUAGUUUCUCUAA